UUGCUUAAAGCCUGAAAAAACUUAGGUCUUCUCCCCCACUCUCAGUCCCAGCCAAACCCAACAGACCCAUGAGAGCAAGCUCUGACCCCAAUCUCUGACCCUUGGAACCAGCUGAAACAAAAUGUACCCACGUUUUUUUCAGCGAGGUUUCGUCUUGCCUGCCUUAUCCCCAUAACUGAACAAUGAUAACAAUCCUCCAUACUUUACUACAUAGAUAAAUUAUUAACAGUGGGCUGAGCCUUUUCCCAGCUUCUAAGGAAUGACGGGUUAGAGUCCCAGCAUUCUCCUUGUCAGCGUAAAACAUGCAGAGGAAGAAGGUUGCCCAGACCACAAGGCUCUACGAAACAUAGCAAAGAUGCCGCUGGCUUCAAUCUGGAGUAUAAGUGGGGUGACAGACGGCAGGAAGGCCACAGCUGAAGAACUCUUCUAUUCAUGGAGGCAAACACUAAAGAUGCUUUCCACAGGAACCCUGAAGUGAACUUCUGAUCCAUUUCCUGCAGACAGAGGAGGGAGCCAACAUGAAGGGCAGCAUGGCCUCCAUACUUAUUUUCAUUCUGCUACUUUUUCUCCACAUCAGUCUUCUGAAUGGACAGUCACCUCCUGGAAAACCUGAGAUCUCUAAAUGCCGUUCUCCUGAAAAGGAAACCUUCACCUGCUGGUGGAAGCCCGGGGCAGACGGAGGACUUCCUACCAAUUACACGCUGACUUACCACAAGGAAGGGGAGACACUCACCCAUGAAUGUCCAGACUACAAAACCAGUGGUCCCAACUCUUGUUACUUUGACAAGAAGCACACCUCCAUAUGGACAUUAUACAUCAUCACAAUAAAUGCCACCAACCAGAUGGGAAGCAGUUCCUCGGAUCCACAUUACUUAGACGUGACUUACAUAGUUGAACCAGACCCCCCUGUGAACCUGACCUUGGAAGUAAAACAACCAGAAGACAGAAAACCAUAUCUGUGGAUGAAAUGGUUUCCACCCACCCUGGUUGAUGUAAGAUCCGGUUGGCUCACACUCCAGUAUGAAAUUCGAUUAAAACCAGAGACGGCAGCUGAGUGGGAGACCCAUUUUGCUGGACAGCAGACUCAGUUUAAGAUUCUCAGCCUAUAUCCAGGACAAAAAUACCUUGUCCAGGUUCGCUGCAAGCCAGACCAUGGAUAUUGGAGUGAGUGGAGCCCAGAGAUCUCCAUCCAGAUACCUAAUGACUUCACCAUGAAAGAUACGACCAUGUGGAUUUUUGUGGCUGUUCUUACUGCUGUCACCUGUUUGAUAAUGGUCUGGGCAGUGGCUUUGAAGGGCUAUAGCAUGGUGACCUGCAUCCUUCCACCAGUUCCUGGACCAAAAAUAAAAGGAUUUGAUACUCACCUGCUGGAGAAGGGCAAGUCUGAAGAACUCCUGAGUGCCCUGGGAUGCCAAGACUUCCCCCCGACUUCUGACUGUGAGGACUUGCUGGUGGAGUUUUUAGAAGUGGAUGACAGUGAGGACCAGCAGCUGAUGCCCAACCAUGCAAAAGAACACCCAGGUCAAGGGAUAAAACCCACACACCUGGACCCUGACAGCGACUCAGGCCGGGGCAGCUGCGACAGCCCUUCCCUUUUGUCUGAAAAGUGUGAGGAACCCCGCGCCAACCCCCCAACAUUCCACACUCCCGAAGCCACUGAGAAGCCAGAAAAUCCCCCCGAAGCAAAUGUUCCCCACCCCUGGAAAACCCAGAACCCAAGGUUGGAAGGCAAAAUCCCCUAUUUCCACACCAGUGGAUCCAAAUCCUCAACAUGGCCUUUGCCGCAGCCCCCCGGCCAGCACGACCCCAGAUCAUCUUACCACAGUCUUGCUGAUGUGUGUAAGCUGGCCGUGGGCACGGCUGGGGCCUCAGCCUCUUUGUUGGACAAAACAGACAAACAUGCUUUAAAAUCCUCAAAAACCAUUGAGACUGGAGAGGAGGGAAAGGCAGCCGAGCAGAGGGAGGUGGAAAACUUGCAUUCCAAGACUGAUCACAACACAGCAUGGCUGCUGCCCCAGGGGAAGAGCCCCUUUAUCUCUGCUAAACCCUUGGAUUAUGUGGAGAUUCACAAGGUCAACAAAGAUGGGGUGCUGUCCUUGUUCCCCAAACAGAAAGCAGACAGCAACCCCACAGAAAAGCCCGGGGCUCUGGAAACCAGCAAGGAGUAUGCCAAGGUGUCCAAGGUGAUGGAUAACAACAUCCUGGUGUUAGUGCAGGAUCCACGAGGUCAAAACCUGGCUUUAUUUGAAGAACUGGCCAAGGAUCCUCCACCCUCCCUUCCACAGGAGCAAGCUGAGAAAGACCUGACCUCCUACCCCGCAACACCAAGCCACUGCAGACUCCAGCUGGGUGGGUUGGAUUACCUGGAUCCCGCAGGUUUCAUGCACUCCUUUCAGUGAUCUCUUGAUUAACGAAAUGAUUGGUUCAAAUGUGAUUUUUCUUCAGGUAACACUACAGAGUACAUGAAAUGCAAUCUACUAGAGAAUGUUCGAGAAUGCAGUUAGAAUGACACUAAAACUCACAGUUCAUGCCUUUCCAUGCUCCAUGUUCAACCAGUUGCCUCUUUCUCCAAUAGCUGAUUCCAGAACAAAUCAUUUUGUUUCCUGACUGUGAUUUGUAGAUUUCCUUUGUGCCAUUAGUUAUAAAAUUAUGUGUUCGAUGAAAUAAAAGCACAGUGCUUAGUAUUCGUAAGGGACAGUGCCAACAGGUAUAGCCUCUGGGAAAGGCUUUCAUGGUUGGGUGUAUGACAGAAGGAAAUGAAAUAGUCAAAACUGUUUACCACAGGAAGAUGACAGAUAGAAAAAUGCCAUGAAAACCCAUUACUUGACCUUUGCACUCCUUUCAUUUUAUUAAGAUGAACCAAAUAGAACACAUUUUUUAAAAAAGAAUGCAUUCCAGAACACCCAGCAAUUGUUUACAUCAGUUCCUAAUACCUUAGUGAUGUAUUAUUGAUAUGCAAGUAAAAAUGAUGCCUCCAGUUCUUUCUUAAAAUAGUUUGGAUUCUCAAGCAUAGAUUUUUUUCUCCCCUAAACUGUAUUUCAUUCUAAAGCCUCUAGAGAAUAUAGUUUUGAAAAGUAAAAUUUUCUUACAUGAGAGGCAAAUGAAUUUCAUGUGUUGAGUCCUUCUAGAAUGUUUUCCUGCUUCUUAUCAGCAUAAUAGAUAAUUUAUUAUAGACCCUAGUCUUCUCUUAGUGAAGAAAAAAAUCCCAAAAGACUAACUUUAAUUUAAAAGAUAAUCACAGCAGGAUGCUAAUGGAAUACUGCCUUACUGUACAUAAAAUUCUACUUUAAUAUAAACCCGUAAGUUUAACAAUGUAUUUUUGAAGACUAUUUUUCUAUCACUUAGGUAAAACAAAAGGCUAUUUUCUAUCUUCCCAGUACAGUUGUUUACGUAUUCAGUGGGUACAGUGUUUUCUGCUAUGAGGUUAUAAUGAGUAUUUACCGUACAUAUUAGUAUAUGCAGUCCUUUUUGUGGAGUGAAAUGCCAUACCAACCCAAAGCCCAUGGAGAAAUAUGAAGCACAUGAGAAUAUUCAAUUUCUGACACAGGGUAGUAUAGUUUAUCUGAUUUUUUUUAUCUCCAGGAUAUUUUAAACCACCACUACCAACCUAGAAUUUUAGGGUUCUCCACACACCGUAAAUGAC